AUCAUUGAUAAAGAUGUUAAACGGAACUGGCCCCAGUGCUGGGCACUGAGGAACACCACCUGUUACUGGCCACCAACUGGAUUUAACUCUCUUUACCACUGCUCUUUGGGCCUGGCUAUCCAGCCAGUUUUUAGUCCAUCAAAGUGUGUGUCCAUCCAAGCCAUGAGUAGCCAAUUUUUCCAGGAGAAUGCUGUGGGAAACAGCGUCAAAGACUUUUCUGAAGUCCAGAUGCACAGCAUCCACAGCCUUUCUCUCAUCCGAACUGUGAGGACAUGGGAUGUUAACAAUGAAAAAAAGCACAAAAGUGUAUUUAAACCACGAUCAGUUCAAGGAAAACGGGUGAUUCCUACAACUUGCACAUACAGCAGAGAUGGUAAACUUAUUGCAGCUGGCUGUCAAGAUGGCUCCAUCCAGAUCUGGGAUAGGAAUAUGACUGUACACACAAAGUUCCACUGCAGGCAAGCCCAUGCUCCAGGCACCGAUACUUCAUGCCUGACCUUUUCCUAUGAUGGCACUGUACUUGUUAGCCGAGGAGGAGAUGAUACUUUAAAGAUAUGGGAUAUCAGACAAUUUAAAAAGCCUCUUAAUUCAGCAGAAAGACUGCCCAGCUUCUUUCCAAUGACAGACUGCUGUUUCAGCCCAGAUGAUAAAAUACUCGUUACAGGCACCUCUGUUAAGAAAGGUGGUGGCAGUGGGAAGCUUAUUUUCUUCUAUCGGCAGACAUUUCAGAAGUUUUAUGAGAUAGAAGUUACAGAUGCAAGUGUUGUGCGUUGCCUUUGGCAUCCCAAGCUGAACCAGAUCAUGGUUGGUACAGGAAAUGGUUUGGCCAAAGUGUACUACGAUCCUGUCAAAAGCCAGAGGGGAGCAAAAUUAUGUGUGGUCAAAACAAAACGAAAAGAGAGACAAGCAGAGACUCUUACGCAGGAUUAUAUUAUAACACCCCAUGCACUUCCUAUGUUCCGUGAACCACGACAACGAAGCACUCGAAAGCAGCUGGAAAAGGAUAGGUUGGACCCCAUGAAGUCUCACAAACCUGAACCUCCCGUAGCAGGACCAGGUCGUGGGGGACGUGUAGGAACUCAUGGAGGUACCUUGUCAUCAUAUAUAGUCAAGAAUAUCGCACUGGAUAAGACGGAUGAUAGCAACCCUCGAGAGGCUAUUUUACGUCACGCAAAGGAAGCGGAGGAGAAUCCAUACUGGGUUGCUCCAGCAUAUGCGAAAACACAGCCAAAAACAGUUUUUGCGGAGGUGGAACCAGAAGAUGAUGAAACAGACAAGCCAGAGUGGAAAAAACGUAAAAUUUGA